AUGCCGUUCAGGGUGGAAAAUGCUCUUGUUAUUUUCAUGGAUUACAUGAACAGAAUAUUCCGACCGUACUUGGAUCAGUUUGUGGUCGUGUUUAUUGACGUCAUACUGAUAUACUCGGAGAGUCAGGAUGAACACGUAGAGCAUCUGAGAGUGGUGCUGGGAAUUCUCAGAGAGCAUAAAUUAUAUGGGAAGUUGUUGAAGUGUGAGUUUUGGCUGGAGGAGGUACAAUUCUUGGGCCAUGUAAUCUCAGCCCAAGGAAUAGCGGUGGACCCAGCGAAGAUUGAAACAGUGGUAAAGUGGGAGAGACCGCAGACAGUUACUGCGGUGAGAAGCUUCUUGGGUCUGGUUAGUUAUUACAGGCAUUUUGUGGAAGGAUUCUCCAAGAUGGUGAGUCCAUUGACUCAACUCACCAAGAAGGACCAGCCGUUUUCUUGGAUAGAUGAGUGUGAAGUUUGUUUUGAGGACAUAAAGCGGAGAUUAACCAUUGCACCUAUACUAGCUAUUCCUGACACAACCAAGACGUUUAAGGUGUACUGUGAUGCUUCAUACCAUGCAGGAGAAACAGCCUAUUGCUUAGGCAUCUUGUCAGCUGAAGGUACGUGA